UUACGCUUCUCUGGUUGCUAAAUUGGGAAACGGGUUGUUACAUUCAACGUACGAUAGACAGAAUACACAGUAAAAAAUACACAUUUGUACCGUACAGCUGAAUAUUAACGGCAAACAGGAAGUUAACUUUAGUUUUCUGGGUAACAUUUUGUUAACCGACGCUAACUGACGAGGUAGUAACAUGGACUCUGAGUAUAUAAAGAGACAUCUGGGGAAAUGUCUGGCAGACGGACUCGCUGAGGUGGCCGAGCAGCGUCCUGUGAACCCCAUCCUGUAUCUCGCCCACUGGCUCUACAAGUACAACUCAAAUGUUAAGUACGAGACAGAGGCCUCGAUGUUUGCACAACUUUUUUAUUUGCAGAAAAAGGCCAAUUUGGCGCUCCUGCAGCAGGAGCAGGCGAAAGCCAGAGAAGAGGCGUUGCACCAGGAGAAGCUGAGAGAGGAGGAGCGAAAGAUCAGUGAGGCCUUGGAAGAGUCUAAAAAACAGAUCUCUGAGAAGGAUGCUGCACCCGUGUCAGCCACACCAGGGGCUGCUGACGACAACAAACCAGAGACAGAGGAGAAACCAAACACCCCUGAUAAAGAAAAGCAGCAGGACACAGACGAACACCAAACUGAAGAUCAGGAAAGUGUCGCUGAACCGGAGGUGAAGGUCACAGAGAAUGUAACCAGUCCAGAGUCCACCGAGAGAAAACCUUUGGAGGCCAGCACCUCUUCUGUCUCCGAGGUCGUCAGCACUGAGGUCAAGGAGGAGACUACAGAUAGGCCUAUUGGAAAAGACAAAGUGGAGCAGAGGACCGAUCAAAAAGAAGAGAAAACAGAGGCUGAGCUGAGGGGCGAUCAAGAGGAGAAAAUGGAGGCUGAGCCGAGGACUGAUCAAGAGGUGGAGAAAACAGAGGCUGAGCCGAGGAGCGAUCAAGAAGUGGAGAAAACAGAGGCUGAGCCAAGGACUGAUCAAGAGGUGGAGAAAACAGAGGCUGAGCCGAGGAGCGAUCAAGAAGUGGAGAAAACAGAGGCUGAGCCGAGGACGGAUCAAGAAGUGGAGAAAACAGAGGCUGAGCCGAGGAGCGAUCAAGAAGUGGAGAAAACAGAGGCUGAGCCAAGGACUGAUCAAGAGGCGGAGAAAACAGAGGCUGAGCCGAGGACGGAUCAAGAAGUGGAGAAAACAGAGGCUGAGCCGAGGAUCAAUCAAGACGUAGAGAAAACAGAGGCUGAGCCGAGGAUCAAUCAAGACGUAGAGAAAACAGAGGCUGAGCCGAGGAGCGAUCAAGACAUGGAGAAAACAGAGGCUGAGCCAAGGAGCGAUCAAGACAUGGAGAAAACAGAGGCUGAGCUGAGGACCAAUCAGGAAGAAAACAAAAUGGAGGCUGAGCAGACAAGCAAUCAAGUAGAAGAGAAAACAGAGAUGGAGCCCAGUGACAAUCAUGUAGAAGAGAAAACGGCAAACACAAAUCAAAUAGAAGAGAAAGAUGCUGACCGAGAUGAGAAGGUGGUUGAUGAGGCUGACACAGCUGAGACUGAGCAGACUGAACCGUUCCACUCGACCCCCAGUCAAGAUCCUGACAACUUACAGACAGACAAAACUGAAGAGCAACAAGACAAACAAAGCCCUCGUUCCCCUGAUCUUCAAGACACAGAGAAGCAGGUUGAUGAAGAUGAAACUGGUAAGUUGGAGUCGGCACCACAGGGUGAAGGUCUGAAACCAGAGGAGACAUUUUCUACUGAAGAAACUGAGCAGGAGCCACAGAAAUCUGGUUCUCCGCCUCUUCAGAACCAGGACAAGGAGGCGGACGGGCAACACACAAGUGAGACCACUGAUGGCUCGGCUCCAGCUGACAGUGACGCAGUAACAGCAGAGGGGACAGUGUCGAGGGAGAUGCUCGUGACUUUACAAGAGGAGCCUGAAAACUCCUGACACGGAGGACGUCCAGGGCACUUCAAACGUCUCUAACGGGCAGCUAAGCUAGUUAGCUAAAGAAGCUAAUCACACAAUUUCAGCUACUGCGUCGAUAUUUACUGAACUACUCAAAGCUUUUCACUGGUCUGAAGUAUUAACACAUUAUAGUUUAUACAGCACUAUAACGUUCAAACAGAAUAAACACCGACAUAUGUCUUAUUAUUACAACAUUUCUUUCUUUCUCCUGCUAGCCUCUCUGUAACUGCUGCUAGCCUAAGGUUGACCCACACUUCUCGCGAGGUUUCGCCCAACAGCCAAUCACAUCACAGGAAAAGUUUAAUAUCGCAUAAACAACCGACAUACAAUAAAUUCAACCUCAUUCAACACUGCAAAUAAAAGGUGCAGGAAGUGAAUAUGUUAAUUCUAACCACAUCUUAUUUAUACUGAAUAAAAUACAUUUAAUCUGAGCAGAACAUAUAGAGAAUUAGUUGUGUACAAGAAUAAAAAAUAUGAUAUUUAGGAGCAGCCCUAGAGGCUUUAUAUUAAUUUUCACUGAUGAAUUAAUUCUUAAUAAGUGUUGUGCUGCUUUUCAGGAGGAAGAGGAAGGAGAAGGCCACACAUGAUAAUUUCAUAUCUUCAUGUUGUUUGAUGUGCAAAUACAAAUAUGCAAAAAUAAACAUUUAAUAAAUCGCACCAAUAUUUUUAUUUUUGCAUUUGGUUUAUUUCAGUAUUUCUGUGCCUAAACUGUGACGUGUUUCUUUAUGAUUAAUCUCCACCAGAGCAGGCAAGUGGUGAAACUGUGCAGGCUGUGGUAAUGGUUCAUGUGACUUAUUUCCUGCCACUUGUACACAGUUGAAUAAACCCCCCUGGUUUUGGAAAUAAUGUAACCGAUUGCAACACUGUGCUUUUAUUAUGCAAGCGUGCACAUU